AUGGCCGCCCUCCAGUCGGCAAAGCUCUCGUUUAUCGGCGGCGGCAACAUGGCCGGCGCGAUCAUUGGCGGCCUGCUGGCACGAGGCAUUGCAGCCGAGCAGAUCUGCGUGGCCGAGCCAUGGGACGUGAACCGGGCCAAGAUGGCGGCGUUGGGUGUGCGCACGACGACAUCGAACGCGGAAGCAGCGGCGGGUGCGGAUCUGGUGGUGAUCUCGGUGAAGCCGCAGGUGGCACAGACGGCGUGUCGGGAGGUGGCAGCGUCGUGGACGGCCGAUGGGACGCGGCCGACGGCGACGACGACGCCGGUGAUCCUGUCGAUUGCGGCUGGCGUGACGCUGGCAAGCCUGCGCCAGUGGACCACGACGAAGGAUGGACGCGUGCCACACGUGGUGCGCGUGAUGCCCAACACGCCAGCGCUCGUGGGCGAGGGUGCGUCCGGACUGUUUGCCGGCGACGAUCUGACGGCAGCCGAGAAGACGCUCGCGACAGAGCUGCUGCAGAGCGUCAGCAAGGCCGCCGAGUGGGUGGACCGCGAGGAGCUGCUGGAUGUCGUCACCGGGCUGUCGGGAUCCGGCCCUGCCUACUUCUUCGCCAUGGUCGAGCACCUCGUCACAGCUGCCACCAAACUCGGCCUUCCCCUCGACCAGGCCAGCCGGCUUGCUAAACAGACGUGUCUCGGCGCUGGCGCUAUGCUCGUUCAGUCGGCCGACUCGCCCGGACAGCUGCGCAAAAACGUCACCAGCCCCAACGGCACCACGCAUGCUGCCCUCGUCAGCUUCGAGCAGUCCGGCUUCGAGGCCAUGGUCGACAAGGCCGUCGUUGCCGCUACGGAACGGGCUACGGAGCUGGGGAAGUCGUGA